GCCUCCCUGUGGCUACGGCUUGUUGUUGUGGAGGCCAAAAUGGCGGCCCAGGCGGCGGCAGCGGCGCAGGCGGCGGCUGCCCAGGCAGCGCAGGCCGAGGCGGCCGAGUCGUGGUAUUUGGCGCUUCUGGGCUUCGCCGAGCACUUCCGCACGUCCAGCCCUCCCAAGAUCCGACUGUGCGUGCACUGCCUACAGGCCGUGUUCCCUUUCAAGCCGCCGCAGCGCAUCGAGGCCCGCACGCACCUGCAGCUCGGCUCCGUGCUCUACCACCACACCAAGAACAGCGAGCAGGCGCGCAGCCACCUGGAGAAGGCGUGGUUGAUAUCACAGCAAAUCCCACAGUUUGAAGAUGUUAAAUUUGAAGCAGCCAGUCUUUUGUCUGAAUUAUACUGUCAAGAGAAUUCCGUCGAUGCAGCAAAGCCACUGCUGCGGAAAGCAAUCCAAAUCUCACAGCAGACCCCAUACUGGCACUGCCGCCUGCUCUUCCAGCUAGCUCAACUGCACACACUUGAGAAGGACCUGGUGUCGGCCUGUGACCUCCUGGGCGUGGGAGCCGAGUACGCCCGGGUGGUGGGAUCCGAGUAUACACGGGCACUGUUCCUGCUCAGCAAAGGGAUGCUGUUGCUGAUGGAACGUAAGUUGCAGGAAGUUCACCCGCUGCUGACCCUCUGUGGACAGAUUGUCGAGAACUGGCAGGGGAACCCCAUCCAGAAGGAGUCUCUGCGCGUCUUCUUCCUGGUACUCCAGGUGACUCACUACCUGGAUGCCGGGCAGGUGAAGAGCGUGAAGCCAUGCCUGAAACAGCUGCAGCAGUGUAUCCAGACCAUCUCCACGCUGCAUGAUGACGAGAUCCUGCCCAGCAAUCCUGCCGACCUCUUCCACUGGCUGCCCAAGGAGCACAUGUGUGUGCUCGUGUACCUGGUGACCGUGAUGCACUCCAUGCAGGCUGGCUACCUGGAGAAGGCGCAGAAGUACACAGACAAGGCCCUCAUGCAGCUGGAGAAGCUCAAGAUGCUCGACUGCAGUCCCAUCCUGUCCUCCUUCCAAGUGAUUCUGCUUGAGCACAUCAUCAUGUGCAGGCUCGUCACAGGACACAAGGCCACUGCGCUGCAAGAGAUCUCCCAGGUCUGCCAGCUGUGCCAGCAGUCACCCCGGCUCUUCUCCAACCAUGCAGCACAGCUGCACACGCUGCUGGGCCUGUACUGUGUCUCCGUCAACUGCAUGGACAACGCAGAAGCCCAGUUCACCACAGCCCUGCGGCUCACCAACCACCAGGAGCUGUGGGCCUUCAUCGUGACCAACCUGGCGAGUGUGUAUAUACGGGAAGGAAAUAGACACCAAGAGGUACUGUACAGCUUGUUGGAGAGGAUCAACCCCGACCACAGCUUCCCUGUCAGCUCACACUGUCUCCGAGCAGCGGCUUUCUACGUGCGUGGGCUCUUCUCCUUCUUCCAGGGACGCUACAAUGAGGCCAAGCGGUUUCUGCGAGAAACUCUGAAGAUGUCCAAUGCGGAGGACCUGAACCGGCUCACGGCCUGCUCCCUGGUGCUCCUGGGCCACAUCUUCUAUGUGUUGGGGAACCACAGGGAGAGUAACAACAUGGUGGUGCCCGCCAUGCAGCUGGCUAGCAAGAUCCCGGACAUGUCGGUGCAGCUGUGGUCGUCGGCCUUGCUGAGAGACCUGAACAAGGCCUGCGGGAACGCUAUGGAUGCCCAUGAAGCUGCCCAGAUGCACCAGAACUUCUCGCAGCAGCUGCUCCAGGACCACAUCGAAGCCUGCAGCCUCCCCGAGCACAACCUCAUCACGUGGACAGACGGCCCGCCUCCUGUGCAGUUCCAAGCUCAGAAUGGACCCAACACCAGCCUGGCCAGCCUCCUGUGAGGCCCCCAGGAGGGCGCUGCCCAGCUUCUCGGGGCCUCCUUGGGGCCUGAUGUGCUCCUGACUUCCACCCAGAUGGCACUUGAGCUUUCCUCGGAGGCGUGCUGUCAUGGCGCUCCCAGGCUUCUUUCCCAACUGUCUCCAGAGCUUCCAGCUCCCUGGGGUUGUGCUGGGCCAAUUCCUACCCUCCCAGGAAGGGCCGGCCAGCAUUCCUGUUGUGCACCAGGACCCCAGUGCCGAGGUUCGCAGAUGGGAUAUUGGAGCCGACUUUCCAGAGCCAUCCUUUAAAGUGGACUUGAACUGCCAGUCCUGCUACACAUCUGAGUCACACCUUUGGCGGGGAGCAUGUCUGUGCAGGGAGUGCUGGAGUGGGCAGCACCACUGGGGCAUCUCCACGUGACUUCCAUGGCCUGGGCUUCUGUGCCAGGCUGGAGUGUUUCCUCUGCUCUCACGGCAGCUUCCAGAGGCCAGAGGCAAGACGCUGCUUUCUGGCCAAAAAUCGGAAGGAGGAAGUGAUGGCACAUGUCAGGGACAAAAAUGCACGUCCUGCUACAAUGCUUUUCCCAGCUUGCUUUUCUCUCCAGCGUCCAUCCUUCUGACAGCUGGGGCCUCUGUUCAGGGGCCCUGGUGACCCAGGAACUCACCUUCCAAACUUAUGCACCUUGACUGGAUUACUGACUGGCUGUGGGGGUGCCUGUGCUACAGACAUGGGUAUGCAUGUGUGUGUGUGCAUGUGUGUUGAUUCUCAGAGCUGGAGCCAGAGCUGAGUGAGAGUCCUGUUUGCACCAGCUGCCUUUCCUUGUCAGCAUCCAUACUGUGGAGUAGGAAGCAUGGGAGAGGGGAGAGGACCCUUCUCAGCCCAACUCAGGGUGCCGAACAAAGGGGCUGGGACAGCUCUGCGGCCUCCUCGGCAGAGGACAUUUGCAGAUGCCUGAAGUUCAGCUGACCCUGCCCUCAGGAAGGAGGAAGAGGAGGAGACCUACUUGCCUUGGGUCUCAGGAGAGCAUUGAAACCUCUUCCUGAGCUGGACCCCAGGUGGUUCUGCCUGGACCAGACAGUGUGCUCGGUUCUGAGCUCCUCUUGGUUAGUCUAGGAUGUGCCCCAGUGGUGAUGGUGGAAUUGGGGGCAGUCGAGGCAACCACCCCCUCCAGUUUCUGGUGUCUGGGAGCAGCGCCCUGCUGAGGGGUGGUGAGUGAUCUUGCUGGCCAGGGUGGCUUGUUAGUUCGAGUUUUGUUACCCUUGCACUGUGAAGGCUGCUUCUCGAAGUCUCAGUAUCUGUGACAGAAGGAACGUUGGGAUCUGGGAUUGCUCAGGUAGCUGCUAGGGCCCUGAGCUUGGGUGUGCCUUAGCCACAAGCAGGGCUGUCAGCAAAUCACCCUGUGCUGGGCCACUGCCCUUACCAGACUGGCGGCAGCACCCUGCUACCCAUUUGGGGACCAGUGAUAGGUGAACAGGUGAGCUGCCAGUCAGAGAGAUGGGCUGACUGGGGCUUGUCCUAAGAGGACCUACCAUUUCUGCUUCACCCAGAAAAGCCUGGCCCUGUCUCAUGCUGCCCAGGGCUGCCCCCUUGGCUGACACCCCUGGACCUGUGAGGCCUGUAGAGGAGAGUGUAAGCCCGGCCACAAGCUGUCUCAUUCUGUCUUCCUCCCUGCUCAAGGCUGUCCCCCAGACCUUCCCCUCAACCCAAGGGUGGAGCUCCUGUCUUGUCAUAAGUUGCACCUGCCAGCCUGGUUUCCAUGCUGUCUAGCCUCUCCAGACCCACAUUAGUUCAUUCACACUGCACAUCAUGUUCAUCUCUGCGUAUUUAUUUAAGCCUUUCUUUGCUUCUCGGGCAUUUUGUAUGUAGAGCAGUUGAAAUAAGAACCUCAAAACUUAACAUCUGUUCUGAUGUUAAAGUGCUUUUAGUGACCGCUUUGUUAUCUAUGUAUGUGUAAGGUUAAGAAAAAGUUCUUAAGUUUACAGUUAAAAGUUCAGUACUCAAUAUUUAAUAUUCCACUGUAGCUUUACAGAAGUCAAACCGCCUGUGUAGUUGUGAACCUCCCCUUCACUGCAGCAUCUUUCAGUUAUAUCAACCUGCCAUACAUACCUUUCUGUGAGUCCACCUUUGGUGCUUCACAGUUUCUCAGUCAUAAGAAUUUAAGACAAGCAAGCAAGCUACCAGGGAGACAUUGCAGAAGAGUCAUAUAGCUAAGUGUUUAGAAAAAGAUUAAAAACUCUAAACUUCAGCUUACAGGGUGCACAGUAGUAGCAGGAGUUCCUGUUGGCAGGUCAAUUGCUGAAAGCUGGCUAGACCCUCGUUCCUCCCACCUCCUGCCAGCAGUAGUGGCCCUGGGCCUGCAGGUCUGGGGUGCUGGUCCAGGAGGUGCCCCUGUGUUCCCUCGAAAAUACACAGCUGCCUUCCCUUACCAGGUCCCUGCAGGCACCCAUGGGCUGGGUGAGAAUCAUCUCUCUGGGGUAAGCACUCCCCAUCCCACUUACUGGGAGUACAGGCAGGGAACUAGGAUAAGGACUGCCUGGCAUGGUGGGUAAGUUUGGUUGCAUUGUCUCUUUUGUUAAAGGGUUUUUAAUAAGUAUGUUUGACAUAAUGUCUUUUAACAGGUUUGUAAUAUGGUUUUAGCAGCCUGUAACUUCAGCUGGUGCUUUUAAUCAGGAAAACAAAAAUUUAUAAAUGCAAAACAUUGUUUAAAAUACAUAACCAUAGAACUUA